CUGUUUAGUCUCUAAAUACAUUCUAUUUUCAUGGGAAGGGAUUAUAUGUCUGUGAUAAGUCAAAAAGAAACAAGUGAGAUUCAUGUUUUCUAAAAAUAAGAACCAUCAUCAUGCUUACUACAGCCAACCAAAAAAAAAAAAGUUCAUGCUUACCAUAGAAGCAUGUGCCAUUCAUCAUGUUGCAGAACACUACUUAUAUAGAUCAUGCAGUUAUUGGUGAGGAGAUGAUUAUAUGCAUAUAGGAAAUGGCAUUCUUGUGGCUAACAGACAGUUUAUUUUCAUUUCUUAAAUGACAGCAUGAGUCAUUGAGGUACACCAUGGAAUUCAGCUCGCAGCUGUUAGAGAUGUGCACAUUCAAGCGGAUGUAGAAUAAUCAACAGAAGAAAGAAAAACAAUUUCCUUUCCAAUGGACAGGUCGAAGAAAAGAGUAUUUAUUCUUCAAAGGGCGAAGGCAUUGCUGGAACGAGGAUGUUCUAUCCUAAAAUCCAAUUCCCAGGUUGCUUGUUAUGCAUCAUCACUUAACAUUGGAGCAGAUUCUGGCACUGGAGAGAAGAAAAUGUUUGCAUCUUCCAAGUUAUACACCCAAGUCCCAGGUCAAUCUUCUUUGCUGCUAGCUAUCCAAGUUCAACAUUUCCUUGUUAUGGACAUACUCGAACAUCCAAUCAUUCUUUUAGGAGCUUGUGGUAUAAAGACACUGAAGGCAUUUUGUUCGUAAUUGUAUUUUUUAGUUACUAUGCUUUAUGCACAAUCAAGUGGUUUUGUCAUAUGAAUGCUAAUUACUAAGAAAGGGUCUCUUUGUUU